AUGCUGUCGCCGAAAAUUUACAUCGACAAGCACAGCACAGCCGCAGCUAUAGGCGCGGCUGUCACCGAGGUUCCAUCGCACCACAGAUCCUUUCAUGAGGACGGUGAUCUCGAGCUGCACGUGGGAACGGGCACCGCCAAGACUUCCUUCCAAGUUUCUUCCCUUGCAUUAUCCCAAGCUUCACGUGUCUGGAAGCGCAUGCUUUAUGGCAGCACCGGUGUGAAGUGGGUGGAUUCCAAGCCUAGCAACGGCAGUGAACGGGUUGUCAAGCUUGAGGAGGACAACGUCGGUGCCAUGGAACAGGUUCUAGCCUGGCUUCACUAUGACUAUGACUACGAGCCCGAGCAACCUGAUGUUACCUUCUUGUACGAACUCACUACUCUCAUUGACUACUAUGACUUAUUCAAGGUAGUCAAGCCCAUGAUGACAAAGUGGAACAGCUACCUAAGCUGCCUUGUUGCUGUCAAUGGUGUCCGCCACUUGACAGCCUGGAACGAUAAGGACUACCAGAUCAACGUCGAACUAGACGUCGACCUCUGCAACAGACCAGCCAUUCUGUGGGUCGCUUGGGCUUUCGGCAGACAAGACAUCAUCGAUACGGCGACAACUGGAAUCAUCAAGACCUACAAACUGAACGAACAAGGUGAUCUAGUCAACUACAACAAUCAGCCAUUCGCAAAAGAUAAACAUCUCUACGAGGUUGAUCUGGAGGCUGCGAUACCCGUUGUUCGUCUUCAGGUUAUCGAGAAAAUGCUGUUUCCCUACCGCAGAAUUUACGACGAGCUCUCCCGAUUCCCAAUCUCACGCACCAAGGAUGAGUUCCAUUGCAUGGUUGGCCACAGCCGGAAGUCCCGGGAACUCUGCGAGGACAAGCUUCUUGGCUCACUCGUCAAGUGGCUUCGACGCGUGGGAUGGACUCACCACGAGCUUGACAACGUUUACGAACAUCACAUGAGUGUCGAUGCUAUUUACCACAACCUCGCAUCCAUCACCCUGUGCGGCUGUGAAUCGAGUUGGAGGGAUCACUGGGGCUGCAACCCGAAUACAUCUCUCCGAGCUGCGCUGGUGUGGGAGCACAAUAUUGUUCCGAGUGUAUUGAGUUCCGAAGAGAAGGAGAAGCUCAAGAAGCGACGAGAGCUAUGGAAUUAUAAGCUCAUAAUGGACUCGGGGUCAAGUGCAGUCUCGAGCCCUGCCUCGGCACGAGUUCUAAGUAUUUCGCCAUCCGAGUCUUCUAAGAGCAUUUCCGACAGUAGUUCUGAUGGUGAUUAA